AUGGGUGCUGCAGUGUCCACUUUGGUCGGCUGGACCGUCGUCAUCGGGUGUAUCUACAUUGUUGGCUUCGGCCUUCCGGGCAAGAAGAAGACCCGCGAGUCUUUGCGCGGCUCCCAGCGUCACCGCCUAGAAGAGAAGCAGCACACUCAGCAUCGUAAGGAGCCCAAGGAAAAGGCCAAGAGGCAACGAGUCGAGUCCUUCAACAAGGAUGCUGAGAAGACGCGGACACAAAAGCCUGCUUCCGUGCCAGUUCAGGCCGUUGUUGACACCAGCUCUGAUGACGAAGUCGAUAACCGCGAGUUCGCUCGGCAAUUGGCCAGCGUAAAGCAGGGCACUAGCCUUAAUGCACCCAAAAAGAGUGACGAGAAGCGCACAAAGUCGGUCAAGCAGUCACGUGCUCAGGUCUUUGACGACGAAGACGACAAGGCCAAGGCGGUCUCUGCCCCUUCCUCGACCGCUGGUGUCGAUGCCGACGAUGACGAGUCGUCCACUCCCUCUCCCGAGGUCCGGGCCGUCGAUGCUGGCGAUGUCAGCGACAUGCUCGAGCCCAAGCCCGCUGGUCCGUCGGUUCUGCGUCUGACCGACACUGACAAGGUCAAGCCGAAGAAGGAGAAGAAGGCCAAGACGCCGGAGAAGACUGAGACUAAGAAGCAGCGUCAGAACCGCAAGAAGGCCGAGGCCGAGAAGGCCCUGCGCGAGGAGAACGAGAAGCAGAGGAAGGCCGAUAUGGAGGCCCAGCGGCGACAAGCUCGCAUCGCGGAAGGCCGUCCUGCUAAGGAUGGUUCUACUUUCCAGGCGCAGCAACAGGCCAAUGCCUGGACCAGCAACGGCACCAAGGACAGCCCGAGCAGCAAUGCCACCAACGGCGAGUUCGUGCCCGUGCAGCCCCUCGACACUUUCGACUCUGGUAGCUUCACCGACGUCUCGGUCCCCAAGAGUACCUCGACCCCGGCCAAGAGCACGGCCCCUGCUGCUGACAACUGGAUUGCCUCGCUUCCAUCUGAGGAGGAGCAGAUGGAAAUGCUCCGCGAAGAGGAGGCCUGGAGUACUGUUACCACCAAGAAGUCUCGCGGCAAGAAGAAGGAGGCGGCCGCUGCUGCCGCGACUACCGAGAGCGCUGUCGAUUCGGAGCCCACUGUCGUUCAGGGCAAGACUGUGGCCAAUAAGCUUGCUGCAAAUAGCGCUGCUGCCCCGGCUCCUAAGGCUAACAAGCCGAAGAAGCCUGCCAUCUCUCAGCCCUCGGCUUUCGCUGCCCUCAGCACGGACGAUGAGAACAUUGAGAAUGAAUGGGAUGUCUGA